AUGGAUACUAGUAGUAGUGAGAGAACGGUUGCAGAGAUCUCUGAUUAUCAUUUGACUCAUGAUAAGAUAAGGAAGGAGAUUGUAGCAUCUCAAAGGAACGAUUAUGCUAGCCUUGGGCGUUAUGCUUUGAAUGUGGAUGAAGGGUUGCAAACUUUUGAAAGAAUGACCUUCAGGGAGAUGAUGUCCUUCGCAGAGCGUGCGAUUUAUGGAGACGCUGUACUCAGUCCUAAAAUAGGUCCUGACCACCAGGCGGAAAUUCUUUCAAAUUCAGACCAACUUUCACUUCAAAUGAAUCCGGCUUAUUCAGAAGACGAUGAGUACGAUGAAUCCCUUUCUUCUUCAGUUUGUUUGCCCAUUUCAGUCCCAUGGAGUGAUGCUGACGCAGAAAGUUUGGUACUUGGUUUGUUUAUUUUUGGGAAGAAUUUUACUCAGAUUAAAAAAUUCUUAGAGAACAAAGGGAUGGGGGAAAUUCUCUCAUUUUACUAUGGAAAGUUUUACAAAUCUGAUGGAUAUCGUAGAUGGUCGGAGUGCAGGAAGUUAAAAGGGAGAAAAUGUAUGAUAGCCAAGAAACUUUCUACCAAAAUGAGGCAACAUGAUCUAUUGUCUCGCUUGAAUCCUCAUGUCUCUAAAGAAUUACAAGAUACUUUGUCUAAGGUUUCUAAGUCAUAUGUGGAAGGCAAAACUUCUCUAGAAAAAUACAUAUCUUCUACGAAGUCUAUUGUUGGACUUGGCAUAUUUGCUGAAGCAGUAAGUAUUGCAAAGGAGAACGGAGUCCUUACUCGGAUUGAUUUGGAACCUAGGAAGAACAGUUGUGAGGAGUUUUCAGCACCAUCUUGCAAAGCUUUCUCUUCUCUUGGACCGGGUGAUAUAAUACAAUCUUUGACAGGAGGAUUUCGGCUAAGCAAAACCAGAAGUAAUGAACUAUUCUGGGAAGCUGUUUGGCCCCGCUUACUGGCAAGAGGCUGGCACUCUGAGCAACCAAUGAAUCAAGACUAUGUAACCUCCAAAGAUGAUCUGGUUUUUCUUAUUCCUGGUGUUGACAAGUUUUCGAGGAGAAAACUUUUGAAAGGGCAACAUUACUUUGAUUCUGUUAAGGAUGUCUUGAGCAAAGUAGUAGCUGAACCAAAUAUUAUUGUGCUUGAAGAAGAAGAAGUUGAAGAAGGAGGAUCAAACGAAAAUGAUUUCUCUGAUGAUCAUCGUCAAUGUUACCUCAAGCCUCGAUCUUCUACUUGCAAUAAAGUUCAUACAAGUUUGGUGCAUAGUGGAAAGCUAUCAGAUUUAAGGGAAUUUAAAUAUGUUCCGUCUAAUAAAGUGCAUAGAGUUGAGGUAGAUGUUGAUGGUAAAAGAUAUAAAGGGCACACAUAUAGUAGGAGAGUAAAACCUAGCAAGGAUAUGUCUAAAAGCAUUACACAGAGGUCAACAAAGUUAUCAGUUAUCGAUACCAAUAGACUUCCUGAAAGAAAACUAUUGAAGGUGAAACAAAAGAGAUAUCCGCCUGUUGAAUUGGAAUAUGCUUCUGCCAUGACUACUGAUCCUCUAAGCGAAAGUAAUGGUGGCUCUUCACCAAGGUUGGUGGAAUCUAAGAUUCUGAUAUAUGGCAGAAAGAAAACUCAUAGUUUCAUAGGUGUAUCUAACAGUGGAGUCUCUGUUAAAAAAGAACGUGAUAGUCCUGAUAAUGAUGCAAACAAGAUGGUCGAAAGCCAGAAAAAUCAACACACCUGCGUGUUUGAUGAUAGUCAACUGAAGAGGGUCUUAAAGCAUCAUCAGUUCUAUCGUAGAGUAAGAUCAGGUGAUUCUAAUCAUGCUGCUGUUCCUACUAAAAGGAGGAGAUUGACUGCUUGUGCCAAGGCAGAGAAUCGCCGCAUCGUUCAGAAUCUUUCAGGAGAUUUGGGAUCAGAUAAAGUAGGAUUCUCUUAUUCUUCUAGCUUUCUAGAUGCCAACCAAAAUGGAAGUUUGAACGCUUUACCAAAAGACAGAAGUGUGGUAGAGAAUAAUGAGAAAAGCAGUCGCAAUGACAGUUUUCAAUGCAUGAGUCUUGAAAUUGAAAAAUCCGAGUCUCUCCCCUUGAGCACACCUUGGGAAGUAGUUGAGGAGCCUCUGAGAAGACCUUGUGAUGUUGGUUCUAUGGAACAACAGGCUGAUAUAAAUGCGAGGAGACAGAGCAGUAGAAACAGCAAAAUGACAGUUAAAGCAUUGGAAUGUAUAACAUAUAACUUCUGGCAAAACAAGAAUGACAUCCAGACACACACAUGUAUUUUCAGUCCUUGCCGGAAGGCUCGUACAAGAGGCAAAACAAAGCCACGUCGUCAAUUUUUAGAUCAUUGGAAUGCAGUUUUAGUACAACAAGAAAAGCACUUGAGGGGAGAUGGCAGUGUUAGCUAAA